CCUCUCCCACUCGGCCACUCCCCCCGCGGGGACACCGAGCGCUCGCCGCCGCCUUCGAGUUCGGAGCGGAGCCACAGCCACGCAUGCCAAUGGCCGUCUCCGCUGUUACCGCCUCCCAUCUCGCUCUCUCUUUUCCAGCACGUAGUCGCCGGAGACGCGCUGCGCCCCGCGCCGCGGCAGGCGGCCUAACGGCUCGCGCACGGCGGCUGCGCUGCGAGUUCGUCGCCGGUGGUGGGAACGGGGCGCUCUCCGGAGAGGACGACCCUCGCCUCGUCGACCGCGUAAGAAUAUCUCCUCUUAGUUCUCUAUUGCCUCCACCCUCUCGUCGGCUUGUUCUCCCUUUCUUCUUGUUUUCUGUUGGUGCCAUUUCGUCGAACAAGUGAUGCGCAUCCGCGGGAACCACUUUGUAUGGUCUUCAUCUUUGCUGAGCAAAAAGUUCUUGAUGCCGCUAUGAAUGACAUAAACAACUCUUUUGGAAAAGGAAGUGUUACAAGAUUAGGCAGUGCUGGUGGUGCUUUUGUUGAGACAUUCCCAAGUGGUUGUCUAACACUAGAUUUUGCUCUGGGUGGCGGUCUUCCAAAAGGAAGAGUAGUGGAGGUAUAUGGUCCAGAAAGCAGUGGAAAGACUACCCUAGCUUUGCAUGCAAUUGCUGAAAUACAGAAGCUUGGAGGAAAUGCCAUGCUUGUCGAUGCAGAGCAUGCUUUUGAUCCAGCUUAUUCAAAAGCUCUUGGGGUAGAUAUUGAAAAUCUGAUUGUCUGCCAGCCUGACAACGGAGAGAUGGCACUAGAAAUUGCGGACCGUAUGUGCAGAUCUGGAGCAAUAGAUCUUAUCUGUAUUGAUUCGGUGUCAGCGCUCACCCCACGUGCAGAAAUUGAAGGUGAGAUAGGAAUGCAGCAGAUGGGUCUACAAGCUCGUCUGAUGAGUCAAGCAUUGAGAAAAAUGUCAGGCAAUGCCUCAAAGGCUGGCUGUACUCUUAUGUUCUUGAAUCAAAUAAGAUACAAGAUUGGAGUGUUCUAUGGGAAUCCUGAAGUCACUAGUGGAGGGAUAGCCUUGAAAUUCUUUGCAUCUGUCCGUCUUGAGAUACGGCUCAUUGGGAAGAUAAAAUCUGCCAAGGGAGAUGAAGAUGUUGGUGUGAAGGUUCGUGUCAGAGUGCAGAAGAGUAAAGUAUCUAGGCCCUACAAGCAAGCUGAAUUUGAAAUCAUUUUUGGGGAGGGUGUUAGUAAAUUGGGGUGCGUUCUUGAUUGUGCUGAGCUGAUGGAUGUAGUUGCAAAGAAGGGUUCGUGGUACAGCUACAAAGAUAUAAGAUUGGGCCAAGGCAGAGAGAAGGCACUGCAGUAUCUCCGAGAGAGCCCAACCACCUGCGAUGAGAUAGAAAAGGUGGUUCGAGCUAUGAUACCAGAAGGAUCCAGACAUAUGAGCCUACUAGCUUUCGGGCAGUCAUCAUCAACUGAAGAUGAACAGGCGUAUGAUGAACAAUAAUGGUACAUGAGGUUCCGAAGAUGGAACACUUGUGAAACCGUCAAGCUCUGGCUUGUGUCCCUUGCGGAUAACAGAAAAGAUCAGAGGUAACCAACCAAUAUGGCAGUUGUGUGAGCGCUGGAGUGGAGUUGACUAAGACCUUGUUCGUUUCUGCCGGAUUGGUGGGUCCUAACGAUUCCUGACCGGAUUGUUUCUCUAAUUUAUAUAAACUUUGAUUAGCUGGAACGAUUCCGGGUGCAAUCCGACGGAAAUGAACAAGGCCUAAUGUUGUACGUGUACUGUGGCAUGGCAGAACCGUCCGGUUUAACCCAAUUUCGGGCACACCUGCCAGCUAUUUAUCACUAAGUGCACCAGAGAUUAUAUCAAAUCCGAUAGUCUGUUAAGCCCA